CACUAGCUGGAACUGACCCAAUAUUGACCACGGGAGUGGACAAAUUACACCUGCCAUACCGUGUGAAUCUACAGCAGAAUAACCUCAUCAUGAUGUGAAAAAACAAAUACUGGCUCUUUAAGGGAAUGUCCACCUGAAAACCCUCCCUCCCUGCCCCCUUCCCUGCUUCCUUCUCUGUUAGAGGAGUAAUUGGAUCUCUGAUCUGUCAUUCUCACCUGCACAGCUAACAAAUCCCACCCACUUUCCCAUGCCCAUUUCAGUGUUUAAGCUCUGCCUUUCACCCAUAAGCCUGUGCCAGGUAGAAGACCAGCUGCAUUUGCACAAGGAGGAGGCAGAAAUCAUGCAGCCUUUGGACUCGGAAAGAGGCUUAAUCAAAAUCAGCCACUGUAAGAGAGACAUCUUUUGUUCCUUUGUGCCCAAGCAUUGUCCCCUGUGUGGGCAGAGCCUGUUCUACAGGAAACUGGAAGAAGCACCUGUCACUAUCCCCAGCCCAUUUGUUAAUGGGCACAGAGAAAGAUGUUCUUUUUUACUUAAACCUACUACAGGAACCUUUCUAAGAGGGUAUGAUGGAAGUUCUGAUCUCCAUGUUGGAAUAACCAAUAAUAAUGGUUUAGUGUAUAAUUACAACGAAACUGGAGUUAACAUAGCUGAGCAUGGAUGGGAACAAUGUGUACGUGUUCAGCUAGUCCAGCCUGACAUGUAUGGUCUGCUUAACCAAUGGGAUACAUACCUAGAACAAUUCUCUGCAGCAGAAAUCUGGCUUCCACACAGGUAUGAAGAACAUCUCCAUAACUGUUACACCUAUGCACUAACAUUUAUUAACUGUGUGCUUAGUGCCCAAAAGAAGCAGCAAAUGAAUAAAAGUGAAUUUACAGAGAGAUUUGUGAUUCCACGAACAAGGAAAGCUUCCAAGUAUAUCACCAUCUACAAGGAAAUAUGCAAGAAUGGCUUCUAUGCGGUUGACCUUCCUGCUCAGGAGGGCACUGCCAUUUGAAUUUAUAAUGAGGGAACUAUACAGCAAUGGAAGUAUAAUCCUUAUGUUAAAGGCACUUAUAUUUCUUGUUCCUAUCAUCUCACAAGAAAACAUGAAGCUGGGACUGCAACACAUGUAUUAAAUCAUGCUGCACUACUCAGAAGGCGGUCCCACAGAGAUUGAGGAUUAAUCUGAAGUAUCCAUCAGACUAUGGAACAUUGAGGCUGUUCCAAUAAACUUCUACUUUUCUAAACAAUGACAUUUGGAAGAAUGAAAUAAAAUAAAGACAUUCUCUGCAUU